UUUCAUCAAAAUCCAUCUUUUCUCUCACCCACUUCACCUCUCUCUCUCUCUUUCUUCACUUUCAAUACAUACUCUGGGUUUCUGGAUCAAGAUUUGAUAGCUUGUUCAAUGGAGAACAACAACAACCAAUCCUUCUGGCAAUUCAGCGACCAGCUUCGUGUCCAGACAUCCAAUCUCGCCAACCUUUCCGUCAACGACUCGAUCUGGAGCAGCUCAUACGGCAGCAAGAGGCCUGAUGCGAGGAGGAACUUCGACAUCAAGGUCGGCGGUGAGGUGAAUUCUUUGAUUAAUUUGACCCCAAAAGGGUCUGAUUUCAAUGAAGGAUUGGACUACAAGCAGAAAGGGUCCGACCCGAAUGAGGGCUGGAACAGCUUCAAGCCCAAGGCUUCUGAAUUCAGCGACAGGUUUAACAAAGCUUCAGACUUCAAUUCUUUCAACCCAAAAGCUUCAGACUUCAAUUCUUUCAACCCAAAAGUUUCAGACUUUAAUGGGUUUAACCAGAAAGUCCCGGACUUCCAUGGGUUUAAUCAGAAGGUCCCGGACUUCAGUGGGUUCAACCAGAAGGUUCCGGAUUUUAACGGGUUUAAUCAAGGGUGGAAACUCGGGUCUUCUGCUAAUGGUGGCAUCAAUGGAGGCUUCAACAAGGGGAUUUACUCCAAGCCUGCAAUUCACAACAAUAACAUUAACCUGAACCUGAAGCCGUACAAGAACCAGGGUGAGGAGUUCGAUCUUGGAGUUAAAGCUGGGAAGAAGAACAACAAUAGCAACAAGAAGAAAAAUGGUGAUGACAAUAACAAGGACGUCAAGGGUGACAAGAAAUUCAAGACACUUCCACCGUCUGAGUCUCUCCCCAGAAAUGAAACCAUUGGUGGUUACAUCUUCGUCUGCAACAAUGAUACCAUGCAAGAGAAUCUCAAGAGGCAGCUUUUUGGUUUGCCUCCACGUUACCGUGACUCAGUUCGGGCCAUUACUCCAGGGUUGCCCCUUUUCCUUUACAACUACUCCACUCACCAACUCCAUGGAAUUUUUGAGGCUGCAAGCUUUGGAGGAACCAACUUUGAUCCAUCUGCUUGGGAAGACAAGAAAUGCCCUGGUGAAUCGCGCUUCCCUGCUCAGGUGAAAGUUCUAACUAGGAAAGUCUGUGAACCACUGGAAGAGGAUUCCUUCAGGCCAAUUCUUCAUCACUACGAUGGCCCUAAAUUCCGUCUUGAACUCAGCGUGCCAGAGGCCCUCUCUCUGUUGGAUAUAUUUGCAGACCAGGAUGAUAUAUUUGUGACUGAAACCCCUUGAACAAGAACACAUUAUAGGGGGCGUACAGAAGAUACAGAUACAAAUUAGUGAAGAAAGAGUGAAAACAGAGUAGUGAGCUGUAGUAUGUUUGCCGUGACCAAUAUGUUGAGCCAAGAAUCAUGAGGAUGAUGAAUCAAAGUACACAAUGUAUUAUAUUAUCAUAUGUAUAAGCAACUUGAGCAAGUUCUAAGUCAUGAGAAGCAAAUAUUUGUUUAUGAGGUGUAAUAACAAUAUCUAUCCACCCAAUACUUCUAUUUACUCUA